UACAUUACUUACAUAACUUACAUAAUACAUAAAAAUAUAUCAUAUCACAAAUUUCUAUAAUCCAUUUAUGGUUAUAACUGGUGUUUUAACUUACCCGUGCAAAUUAUUGUCAACGUCAGACUUCAAGAAUUAAGAAAUGGACCGGUCUUGGAUGAAUUUGUCAAGGGUUAGCAACGAUUAUCGAAAUGGAGUACAGUAUUUUCCAAAUUUUGCAUUUCAAUAUGCAAGCCAAGAGAACAUGAUUCUUUGCCCGUGUAAGAAGUGUGUCAACAUAAACUGGCAUUAUCGUGAGGUUGUAUACGAGCAUCUAAUUGUGGAUGUGUUUGUUCGGGGUUAUAAACAAUGGUUCUUUCAUGGUGAAUGCCCGCCUAGUACUUCUUCUUCAACGAUGGAUGUAUCUUACUCUGGUACUGCUUACCAUCAGUCUGAUAGAGGGGAUGACAUGGAAGGUAUGUUGCGGGAUGCAUUUAAUAUGCACAAUCAUGGUGUCCAGUCAUUCCCAGCAGACUUUGUGGCUUCUGAUGAUUGUAAAAUUGGGAGAAAUGCUUUUACCGAACUGGGAAAUAGUGUACCUCAUGAAGAGCCGAAUGAAGAAGCGGCGAAGUUCUACGCGCUACUUAAUGACAUGAACGAAGAACUGUAUGAGGGAUCAAAAUUUUCAAAAAUGUCUUUCUGUGUUCGUCUUUUUCAAUUAAAAUGUUUGGGAGGGUGGAUCAGAAACUCUUUGACAAUGCUGUUAGAGUUCUUGAGAGAAAUGUUUCUGUUUGCAAAAAUCCCUCAGUCAUGCAAAGAUAUGAAGAAAAUGAUAAAAGAUUUAGGCCUUGGGUACAACAAAAUCCAUAGUUGCCCAAAUGACUGCAUGUUGUAUUGGGGCGAUCGGAGAAACCAACAGUGUUGUCAUGUAUGUGGCCACUCCCGUUGGAUAAGUAAAAACGCAGAAGAUGGGAACGACGAUGAAAAUGAUGCACAGUCAAGAAAGAAGCCAGUCAAGAUUUUACGGUAUUUUCCGCUGAUACCGAGGCUUCAAAGGCUUUUUAUGUCGUUGAAGACAGCGGAGUCUAUGACGUGGCACCAUGAUGGACGAACCGAUGAUGGAUUAUUAAGGCAUCUGACAGAUUCUUUAGCUUGGAAAUCAUUUGACAAUAAAUUUCCAAGCUUUUCAAGUGAUCCUAGGAGUGUGAGGCUUGGGCUAGCAUCUGAUGGAUUUAAUCCUUUCAAGAUCAUGAGUACUGCGUACAGCACUUGGCCAGUAGUGCUUGUUCCUUACAAUCUGCCUCCGUGGAUUUGCAUGAAGCAAUCUUCCCUUAUCUUAUCUAUGAUUAUCCCUGGGGAGAAAGGGCCGGGAAUGAUAUCGACAUUUAUUUAUAGCCACUUAUUAAAGAGUUAAAACAAUUAUGGGCUGGGGUCGAGACAUACGAUGUGCUGAGAAAAGAGAACUUUAAUUUACGUGCAGCUUUGAUGUGGACCAUUAAUGACUUUCCCGCUUAUGCCAAUUUAUCCGGUUGGAGUACCAAGGGUCGUUAUGCGUGUCCUUGUUGUGCUGCACAAACAUGUUCACAAUGGUUGUACAAUGGGAAGAAGUUCUCUUACAUGGGGCAUCGUCGGUGGUUACCGGAAAAUUAUAGAUUUAGAUUUCAGAGUUCUGUAUUUGACAGCACUGAAGAGUUCAGAGAAGCUCCUUCGCAGACCAGUGGCUCUGAAAUCUUGUUCAUGUUGGAAAAUAUGAAUUUCAUUUAUGGGAAGAUGAACCAACCGCCAAACACGCAAAGAAACAGAAGAUCAAAUGAUGAAGCUGAUGAUGACUCCGACGAAGAGGACGAUCCUAAUGAGGCAGAGUUGUGGAAAAAAAGAAGUAUUUUUUUUAGUUGUCUUAUUGGGAACAUCACCUUUUACGACACAAUCUUGAUGUUAUGCUUAUUGAGAAAAAUGUCUGCGAGAACAUUGUGGGUACAAUUUUGAAUGUCGACGGAAAAUCAAAAGACAAUCUGCAGAGUCGACUUGAUUUAGUCCAAAUGGGAAUUCGACCUGAUCUUCAUCUCAAUCCACUUCCGAAUGGGAAAUGUCGGUUGCCGCCUUCUAUUUUCUCAAUGUCCAAGAUGGAGAAAGAACUGUUUUGCAUGGUGCUGAAGGAUAUAAAGGCUCCAGAUGCAUAUGCAUCAAAUAUAUCUCGAUGUGUUAGUGUUAAAGAUCGAAGAUUAUAUUCGCUAAAAUCACAUGACUAUCACAUCUUAAUGCAAGAUUUACUGCCAGUUGCUCUACGAUGUUGUAUGUCCAAGAAGGUGACGUCUUGUAUAAUUGAACUAUCCAAUAUAAUGAAAGCCAUUUGUGGCAAAGUUUUGGAUGUUCAAGAACUUCAGAAGGCACAGGAUCGAGCCGUUUUGACUUUAUUUAACAUGGAGAAAAUCUUCCCACCUUCCUUCUUUACCAUUAUGGUUCACUUGAUAAUCCAUCUCCCGCACGAAGCAAUUCUUGGCGGACCCGUUUUCUAUCGAUGGAUGUAUCCCAUAGAAAGGUGUUAAUUAAAAUUUUUAAAAUUUUCCUUCAUUCACCUCUAUGCCUUUAGUUACAACUUUUGAUAAUGUUGUAUAUUGUGUUUAGGUUGCUAUUCAAAUUAAAGUCUUACUGCCGCAACAAGCGAUAUCCAGAAGGAUCGAUUGCUGAAGGCUACUUGGCAGAGGAAUGUAUGACCUUCUGCUCAAGAUAUUUGGAAGAUGUUGAAACAAGGUUGAACAGACCAAAUAGGAAUGCUGGACUCGCGGACCAUAACUUAGCCGAUACUUAUUUGUUCCAAAGUUUUGAAGAACCAAUCGGCAAAGUUGAAAUUGCAGAAUUAGAUCAUUUAUCGUGGGUACAAGCACAUCGAUAUGUUCUGUUUCACCACGAAUCAUUGGAAUCUUUACGGAAGUAAGUUCUACAAAUUUGAUAAAUAUUUAUCAAACUAAUAAUUGUCUAUCUUCUAACAAAAUGAACAUUUUUUUAACACAGUGAGUACAAACAAAUAUUGAGAUCUCGUUUGCGCUCUCGAAGAAUACAACAUCGAGAUAUCAAUAAGUUGUUUACAGAAUCUUUUUAUGAAUGGUUAAGCCAAACGGUAUGCAGUUGGAGCUUCCGCUUACAAAUAAUAAUGUUUUUUCAUAACAUUUUUAAUUACUCAGUUUACUUUCCAUUCAAUAGGUUUGGAGUGGGAAGAACGUAGACGACGAAGUUAAAUGGCUCUCCCAAGGUCCAAAUCGAGUGGUUAAAAGAUAUAGUGUGUUCCUCAUCAACGGAUUCAGAUUUCAUACAAAAUAUUGCGAGAGGUUGAGGAGAACACAAAAUUGUGGAAUAGUUGUUAAUCCUGCAAUUACAAAUUAUGCUAGUGCUAGGGACAAUAAUCCUGUCGAGGGAAAUGUGGAAUAUUUCGGACAUCUUACUGACAUAAUUGAGUUGGAUUACUAUGGAAAAUGGAAAGUUGUCUUAUUUCGAGGUGAUUGGGCCGAUAUUAAUACAACUCGUGGAAUUAAGCAAGAUCAAUUUGGUUUUACAAUGGUGAACUUUGACCGAUUGAUUCACACAGGACAACAACUGAUAGAUGAGCCGUAUGUAUUCUCAUCACAAGUCAAACAAGUUUUUUACUCAAAAGAUCCAACUGAUGAGGGUUGGUACGUUGUACUCCGUAACAUCCCUAGAGACUUGUUUGACAUGGGCAGUGGAAGUAGAGAUAACAUCGACGACAAAUCAAAAACUUUGCCCUUUCCAGAACAAAACUUAAACGAUAAUACCCCUAGUACUAGUGCACAAUUUCAAUGGGUUCGUCAGGAUACGGAUGAAGAUAUUUACGAAUAAUGAUGUAGUAAGAUUUUACGAUUGUUUAAUUAUAUGUAAUAUCAUAAUUUAAAUCUUGGUCUUAUUAUAUAUUUCAACUAUUUUAUAUGUGCUGUUAUUGUUGUAAUUAGUUAUUAAGUUUACUUACAUUUUAUGUGUAUUGCAGAUAAAAUGCCUAGAAUAAAAAUUCUAAGGGAAAGCAUUAUUCAAAAUGAUCCAAACUCGACAGAAACAAAUAGUACUGAACAACAAACAGCAAUUGGAUCUUCGAAUGUUUCGAUUACACCUGAGGAUCCUACGGAAGUUCAAAUUGAAAAUGGUGGGACGCGCAGAGGUCGAGGACGUACGCUACUUAGAGAGUUAUACGAGUUAGAUCCACUCGAGCGUGUCAAGGUAUGCAGAAACAGUUUUGGUCAGCCUAUUGGAUCAGAAGCUCGACUUUUAGCAGGAUACAUGGGCAUUUUAGCAUGAAAUGCGAAUAUGUUGCCUAUCAACUACGAGUCAUGGCGUCAAAUGCCCGAUAGCAACAAAAACCAAACCCUCGAUAAUAUUAAGGCGAGGUUUGCUUUAGAGGUCUCGGAUGCUUAUGUAAAGAAGGCAUUGGGAAAAAUAUGGAGAGACCACAAAAGUAUUUUGAAGAAAAAAUAUUAUAAGACAAAAACAACCCUCGAUGAGAAAUUGCAAAAUGUCUCGCAGGGUAUGUUGAGGUACCAAUGGGAAGAUGCGGUUAGAUUUUGGCAUUCGAAGAAAGGCGAGGAUCGUGAACGAGUUGGAAAAAGUAGCCGGCAGUAACAAAAAUUCACUCACACAGCCGAGUAGAGAAGUUUUGCAUGUGUAGCUGAGGCGGAGG